UGCUGCGCUCCCAUUCAAAUGACGUCACGUACCACAUUACUGAUACGUACUGGUUUUUGGAGACGGCAGGGUCGCUAAAUGCAGUAAAACAGAAGUAAACGCCACCGACACACAGAAAGAUUGCAACAAAGGAUCAUUCGGUUGAUACGAGAUCACUACAUUUCUCCAUUAAGUCAGGUGACCGUCCGACCCACAGAUGAACUUUGAGCAGCCACCUCCGUACCCGGGCCAGGGUCCGACGGCCCCGGGCUACCCACCCCAAGGACACCCGCAACAAGGUUACCCGGCAGCAGGCUACCCUCAGCAGGGUUACCCAGUCAACGUGGAGCAGGGUUACCCUGUCAACAUGGAGCAGCCUAACCCCGCCUACCCCAACUACCCUCCUGGAGCCAUGGGCCCCGGGGGCCCCUACCCGGGGCCUGGGCAGCCUCCCUACCAGGGAUACCCACCACAACCACAGUUUGGUUGGCAGGGAGGGCCCGGGCCGGCCCAAGGCCCCAUGUACGGAGAAGGCCCCAAAAACACAGUAUACGUGGUGGAGGAGCGGAGGAGAGAUGACAGUGGAGACACAUGUCUGACGGCCUGCUGGACGGCUCUGUGUUGCUGCUGCCUGUGGGACAUGCUGACAUAACCCCUCCCCCCCCCCCCCCCACCCCCACCUCAUCAACACCACCUUCGCCUCCAUCUCUCUGUGCCUGGAAACCAAUCAAACCUUCUCUCGCUCUCUCGCUCUCUCUCUCUCUCAAACACACCUUGAACGUCACUCCACCUCCCAGAAGUAUCCCCCCGUGAAGAAACCUUUGCUCGUCCAUAAGGAAAAGAAACACCCACUCCAAACCACAAUCUCCCAUGGAUAUCAGCUCAUCUCAGCUCCAUGGAGCAGUGGCUGAUCCCCGGGUGUGUGUGUGUGUGUGUGCGCGUGUGAGUGUGUGUGUGUGUGUGUGUGUGUUCAUCCGCGCCAUCUUGACCAUGAGGGGAAGCACCUUUUUGAGAACCAAGCCCAAGAGUAUACUCUAGUCUGUCCAAUCUCAGGCUCCGUUCUGUGAUCAAACUCCUACAUGUUGCCACACGCACCCAUCACGACUCGAACACAUCAGAUCCCUGGUAAAUGAAUGACACACACCCACACACACACACACAUAUGCACAAAGACACACACACACACACACACAGUUCCACACACACCUAUAUAUAUCUCAGGCUUGUUACGUGUGGAGCUCUCCUUUGCACUUUAUGAUGUUAUAACUGUAAGAAACCCGCUCCUUCCCUCUCCUGCCCCCUCCCCCCUCACAGCCUUAUCGACCCCCCCCCCCAUGCCCCGAAUACCUCAUAUGCCUGGUCCCUCAUGGCUAACGCAGCUAGCACGACUGCUGGAUGCUAACAAGCCACUGGGCCCUCUUCAGAAGCCGAUGCUUGCAAUGUAUUCCUCCCUCUUAUUUGCACAGACAGUCCGGUUGCCGAUGUAUUUCUUCAGGUGAAUCGUGUGAUGAAUAAAAGAAACACCUUUUUUUCUUAAAAAAAAAGAUGAUGAUUUAUCUCUGAUUGCAUAACAUAGUGCACUUGCUUUCCUGCUGAGCCUGAUAAGGUGAUUUGAAAAUAUUACUUCCAACAUGAACAUUCCAUAAAAAAAAAGUGAAUAAAGAAAAAUGCCCCCCAAAAAAUCUAUAAAUAAUAAAUGGUGAAUAAUAGUA